GAAUGAAUUGUUCAUUAAUAUUGAGCUACACUGCUCAGCACGUUUGCUGAGCACUAUAGUCUACUCAACAAUUUGAUGGCCAUUUUGUUCAACCGGCUGGGACGUGUUUUUAGUCACUCGACUAUUUCGAACCACAUGUGAUGUGAAUACUCUUACCUUCUUCACAUGUUCCGCGAGGAUUCGCGAGUUCUUAAUCUGGGUUUUGGUAUUUUUUUUUUUUUUUUCUAAGCAAGGCGGGAGAGAGGGAGGUUUUGGUACUUCCAUAUGCAUUGAGCCUCGAGCUCCUGGCUGUGCCCUUACCUACGUACGUACCCGAUCAAAAUUGGAAGCUGAUGAGUGUGAAGUGACGACUCUCAAAAGGAGCGCAUUGCAGGUUCACGUGGGUGGCUGAGCAGGUGUAGAAAUGGGAUAUGGCCAUUUCUGGCAGACGUAUCCAACAAGUUUGAGAAAGAGAAAUAUCUCUGUUACUGUUUCAACUCUGUAUAAAACUCUUUUUAUAUGAGAAAUGAUGAAACCAGAUUCAUAGAGUGCUUUUUAAAAGGAUUGAGCAAAUUUGUAUGAUCAGUCAUGGAAGGGACAAAUUCUGUUGAGAGCAGUGGUUGUACGAAGCGGCUGAAGAAUAGCGGAGAAGAAGAGCAAACUGAUAGGAUUACUGAAAUGCCAGACUUCAUCCUUGCUCACAUCCUUUCAUUUCUUCCGACAAAGGAUGUUGCGAAGAUGCUUCUUGUGCCAAGAUUUAGACAUUGCUGGACUUUGAUUCGAAGUCUCUCUUUUGAUAGUUGCCCAUGCGAUGAGGAUCCUACUUCUGAUGACGAGGACGAUGAACCUUAUUACGACGAGAGAUUCUUGAAUCUGGUUGACAAUGUCUUGGCUCGUCAUGAGAGUUCCACAAUUGAUGAAUUCCGUGUCAGGUUGAGGUUCAAUUUCUUUUAUUCUUUUAGCGAAUUCGCGCUGGCUGAUCCUGAUGUGGAUAAAGCGAGUAGAGAAGAGAGGAUGGCAAGCAAAAUUCGCACUUGGGUUCAUUUUGCAGUUAUGAAAAAAGUGAAGGUUCUUGAUCUCGAUUUACUGGGACGUUGUUUGUCAGAGCCAGAAGUGAGCUACAAGUUACCUAAUUUUGUUCUUAGCAGUGAUCAUCUAACAGAGCUCAAGUUGGCGGGCUGUGCCAUCUUUCCACAAGGGCAUGUUCAGUUAAAAUCACUGAAAAGGUUGUCGCUUAAUGAAGUAAUUUUGAGUGAGAAGAUAAUGGAUCAAGUCAUAAAUGGUUGCCCCUUUCUUGGUGAAUUGUGUCUUAUAAGGUGUUAUGGUCUUCGUAAGUUGAAUAUUAGUAACCCCACUGUGAAGAGCUUGGUGGUGGUUGUUGAGCCGCACAGUGUUUUUAGGCUAAGGAAAUCCUGUCCUAAGGUUGUAUCAUUGGCUAUUGGUGGGUCAUUACAAUAUGCUCAUUUAGAAGAUGUGUCUUCUCUUGUUGAUGCAUCCCUUUCCUUUUCCAAUCGUUUCAUAUGUGCGCUUACCAAGUAUGAGAGGGUCAAAAUGCUUCUCAAGAAGCUUGGGAACACCGAUAGCUUUGCACCAUGCACUUGGUGUAUUCUGGUGUUGACAAUAUGGAAGUUGACAAAUCAGCCAUGUCCAUCCUUGUGUUGGAAGUUUCUAGCACUCAAAAUUAGUCUGACAAAGUGGCACCUCCCUGGGAUUUGUAGCUUAUUGAGAAAUUCUCAUUGCUUGGAAACUCUGACUAUUGAUGUCUACAGUGGAAAUCAUUAUAUAUUCAUGAACCCUGAAGCAGAAUGGAUUCAAGCGUAUGAUUUUGAUGGUAGAAACUUCUGGAAUUUGGAGGAGGAUAGUUUCCAUUGUCUUUCACACCACCUCAGGAUUGUAAGGAUAUAUGGAUGCAUAACAGAGCCGUACGUGAUUGAACUAGUCGAGUUUCUUCUUAAAAACGCAUUGGUCUUAGAGACCAUGGUGAUUUCAACCAACAAGUCUCUCCCCCCUGAUAGAGACGAGAUUUACAGUAGUGCUAUUGGUUCUCCCAUGAAUCAUUUCACUUCAGAGGAACUCCAUGAAUUUUCUCAGAAGCUAUUAAACUUCCCCAGAGCCUCUACUCGUGCUGUUAUUCAUUUUUCGUGAAUCUUUUUUUUUUUUUUGUUUUUUAAUCUCCAGUGUUUGCUUUUUUAUUCACAUGUUUAAUAGAUAUGCAGGUAUUUGCUUUUACAUUUUGCAAUACUCUAAUGACAGUUUGUUUAAAUACUUGAUCUCAAUUCCCCUUUUACAUCUACUGCAAUUCUCAGCUGUACAGUACUCUCUGAAUUGCUGGGUAUCUUGAUAUAAAUUCUGAGUAAUUUUUUUCCGUCAAGAACGUUUUAUAGAACUCGUUCAAGAAG